UAUCAAUAAACUCUAUUUUAUCUGUCACCUGUCAUUUUCCGGGUAAAAUGCAGAUGAAAAAUUUUAUUUUUUCCUAUUAUUUUUAAUUCGGACUUUGAAUAAUUAAGUAAAUAUGUUUUAGUAUUAUAAGUAGGAAAUUGUAAUAAGAGGUAGUUAUAUCAGGUUCGCAGAAAGUAUUAAAUUCUCAUGAUCUGAAGGUUAUGUUCAUGAAUAAACGUGAUUCCUUUUUUGAAUAAAUACUUUUCAAAAUGUACCGGAUACACUGUGUAAUGCGUAAAUAUGCCUUCACUAAUGGGUUACGACUCUAUUCUCGAGAGCCUCAGAAGCGCAGUUCUUUUUUAUCGAGAUUGUACGAUAACUUUAGAGAAGAAAUGGCAAAAAACAAAGAAAUGAAAGAGUCUUUGAAAAAGUUUCGGGAAGAAGCAGAAAAAUUAGAACAAAGUGAUGCUCUAAAGGCUGCUCGACAAAAAUUUGAAACUGUAGAGAAAGAGGCCAGCAAGGGCAGUGAAGUCUUCAAAGAUAGUUUGGGAACCAUUAAAGACAGGGUUAAGGGUGUUAUAGAUGAAGCCAGUAAAUCAGAUAUAGCGAAAAAAGCUGGCAAAUUCACUGAAGAAGUAGGAAAACAGACUCAUAGAAUAAGUGAAAAGGCCCAAGAAAUAAGUAAAACUGGUGCUUUUCAAAGUAUUUCUCAGGCUACACAAGCUGUUAAAAAGGAAAUUGACACCACAAGCAUGGAAGGUAGAGUUUACCAGAGUCCCACAAAAUUACGAAAGCGAACCGAAACUGGUGCAGUAGUGCACCAAAAAUAUUAUGAGCCAAACGUAGAUGCUACUGGAGUUGAACUUCACAAGGAUUCAAAGUUCUACGAGUCGUGGCAAAACUUCAAAGAUAACAACCCCUAUGUCCACAAAGUGAUGGACUGGAAAUUGAAGUUCGAUGAAAGUGAGAAUCCUGUCAUUCGUGCAUCAAGAGCUCUCACUGAAAAAGUGGGUGAUAUCAUGGGUGGUCUGUUCCAGAAAACAGAACUUUCAGAAACUCUCACGGAAAUCUGUAAGAUUGAUACGACUUUCGAAACGAAACGCUUUUUAAAACAGUGCGAGACCGACAUUAUUCCUAAUGUACUUGAAGCAAUGACGCGAGGCGAUUUAGAAAUUCUCAAAGACUGGUGUCAUGAAGGCCCCUUCAACCUGUUCGCUGUUCCCAUCAAAGAGGCUUACAAGAAGGGUUAUACAAUCGAAUCUAAAAUUUUGGAUGUGGACAACGUCGAUCUAGUUAUGGGUAAAGUAAUGGAACAAGGUCCAGUAUUGAUAAUUUCUUUUACUUCUCAGCAAGUGAUGGCUGUACGUGAUGCUACCGGCGCCGUCGUAGAAGGAGAUCCAAAUAAAAUAAUGCGGGUUAAUUACGUGUGGGUUCUGUGUAGGGACCCCUCAGAACCUGACCCUAGAGCUGCGUGGAGGUUACUUGAUAUAUCAGCAAGCAGUAACGAACAACUAGUGUAAAUCUGAAGGGAAAAA